CCAAGAAGAAGCAUUUCGUGCAGCAGAAGGUGAAGGUGUUCCGGGCGGCCGACCCUCUGGUGGGCGUGUUCCUCUGGGGCGUAGCGCACUCGAUCAAUGAGCUCAGCCAGGUGCCUCCCCCGGUGAUGCUGCUGCCUGACGACUUUAAGGCCAGCUCCAAAAUCAAGGUCAACAAUCACCUUUUCCACAGGGAAAAUCUGCCCAGUCAUUUCAAGUUCAAGGAGUAUUGUCCCCAGGUCUUCAGGAACCUCCGUGAUCGAUUUGGCAUUGAUGACCAGGACUACUUGGUGUCCCUAACCCGAAGCCCCCCGAGUGAAACUGAAGGCAGUGACGGUCGCUUCCUUAUCUCCUAUGAUCGGACUCUGGUCAUCAAAGAAGUAUCCAGUGAGGACAUUGCUGACAUGCACAGCAACCUCUCCAACUACCACCAGUACAUUGUGAAGUGCCAUGGCAGCACGCUGCUGCCCCAGUUCCUGGGCAUGUACCGGGUUAGCGUGGACAACGAGGACAGCUACAUGCUUGUGAUGCGCAACAUGUUUAGCCAUCGUCUUCCUGUGCACAGGAAGUAUGACCUCAAGGGCUCGCUAGUGUCCCGGGAAGCCAGCGAUAAGGAGAAGGUGAAAGAAUUGCCCACCCUUAAGGAUAUGGACUUUCUCAACAAGAACCAGAAAGUCUAUAUUGGUGAAGAGGAGAAGAAGGUCUUUCUAGAGAAGCUAAAGAGAGAUGUGGAGUUCCUAGUGCAGCUGAAGAUCAUGGACUACAGCCUUCUGCUGGGCAUCCAUGACAUCAUUCGGGGCUCUGAACCGGAGGAGGAGGGACCUGUGCGGGAGGAGGAGUCAGAGGGGGAUGGGGACUGCGGCCUGACUGGGCCUCCUGCUCUGGUGGGCUCCUAUGGUACUUCCCCUGAGGGUAUCGGCGGCUACAUCCAUUCCCACCGGCCCCUGGGCCCUGGAGAGUUUGAAUCCUUCAUUGAUGUCUACGCCAUCCGGAGCGCGGAGGGGGCCCCCCAGAAGGAGGUUUAUUUCAUGGGCCUCAUUGACAUCCUGACACAGUAUGAUGCCAAGAAGAAAGCAGCUCAUGCCGCCAAAACUGUCAAGCAUGGGGCGGGGGCAGAGAUCUCGACUGUCCAUCCUGAGCAGUAUGCUAAGCGAUUCCUGGAUUUUAUUACCAACAUCUUUGCCUAAGAGACGGCCUGAUUGCAUGGUGACUGCUGCUUUAUGUUCCAGGUGGUGGGGUUCUGAGAGGCUUGGGGCAAUUGUGGAUAUCCUGGCCACUUCUCUUCCUCCUUUGCUGACUUUAGGCUACAAGCGCCUUCCAUCCAAAUAACUCCAUCUUGUGGAGUAGGCUCUUCUUGGCCCUCGGAAUUACACUGACCUCUCUCCCCUUCCCUCCUCCUCUCCCUUCCCCUCAACAAGUCUGCUUGCUUCAUUAGAGUGUUACUGUUGACUCUCCCAAGUGCCUUGAUCUUUGUAAGAUGUCCUGUUGUUUCCAUAACCUAGGAGGAGCUGGGGGAAGGGGGUUGUUUGCCAUCUUCAGGACCUGACUGGACAGAUGGACCUGGCUCAAGCAACUACUCUGGAUGCCUUCUGUCAUAUGAGAUGCACUAAGAGUAUCUGAAUUUUGCUGAUAACUUUAUAGAGCUCAUUGUGGCAUGCUUCCUUCCCAGUAGGCCCUGGGAUGGAAGAUGUUCCAAGAUACUACAGAUGUGGGUGCAGACAUGCGUACACAUGAUGGGAUGUGGCGGAGCUUAAAAGGUGGGGUGGAGAGUGCUCAGCAGCCUGGCACCUCAUGGAGGUGGGACCUCUGAGGACUCUUGUGAUUAUGCAGAUAACUGGAGAAGGUCUCUGUCAAGGGUUGACUACUCUCCAGUCUCUUCCUGCACCCGACUUUCACGCCGACCCAUGUACUUCUGGGCACAGGAGCCCAGAGAUGGCCUGGCCACCAAAGUGUUGAAUCCAGGGUGGAACGUUUGACUAUUGCUGCUCUUCACCAGGACCUCAUAUCCCUCCUGGGGCUGGAACCCUUCAGUGUGGGUGUGGCCAGUUCUGGAGGCUAGGAGGAUGGGCCAGGGCUGUAAGGCUCAUUCCUCAUGUUAAAUUUCCUUUCUUCAUGUCUGGCCAUCCAUGAGGUUUUAGUCCCAACAGAAGGGAAGGAAUAUCUCUAUCUGGGUCAACCCUUGUCAUUUCAAGAAGAUAGAGGUCUCACGUGUAGGGACCUCCUCUACUCCCCGGAAAUGUGGCCCUAGUAUACUUCCUUCCCCCACCCCUUCUGAAACCCUUUUUUCCAGUUGGAUUUGUUAUUCUGUUCUUUUUUGUCCCAUCUUAUACUGCUACUGUGUCUCCCAGGGGACAGAUGGCCUUCUUUGUCAUCUUCACUCUCCACCCCCAGAGAGGAGUCAGAGCUGUAACUCAAUCACCCAGCCCCCUCCAAAGAGAGCUGAGUUGAUGCGUGAUAUUCUCAGAAUGCGGAGGACCCUGAUGAGCUGAGAUGGUGUCCUCCUCUCCCUCCAAUGCCUCUGGGGCUAAAGCAGACAUUCUUUUGAUUCUGCACCCCCCCUCCCAGGCAUCUGCAUUUCUCUAAAACAAAGAUGGGCACCAGCAACUAACCUGUGGGGGUGCAAAGGCUCUUGGCUCUGUAUCUGGCUGGACUGAUCUGUCUCACAAGAAGUCAUGAGGUCAUAAAGGAGAAUUUCUCCCUCUCCUCCAUCUUCUGCUCCAAAGGAAGGAACAAGAGGAGUCCCCAGUUAAGGAUUGGAGCCCCUAUACUAUCUUCCUGAUGGAGCCUGAUGGAUCUUUUUCAUUCCAGCGGUCUUCCUUUCCCCUGUUGAAUGCAAUAAAACUCCAUGACACCAGCAACUGCUGUUCUUUAGAAAUGGGUUUUCUGACCAUUUGGCUGAUACAUCAUAAGCAUUAUGGUUUUCUUCAUUGUUGCUUCCGUUUUUCACCUUUUUGUUUUAUUAAUUAAUUAAAAAUAUCGUGUAUAUUUACUCAUUGCUGUCACUAUAUAGAAAAUAAAUUAUUGAAUCCAAA